AUGACCACUUUAUCUAAGUCCGCUAAAGCUCAAGCUAAAAUUGCAGUUUCAAAUGUUUUAGAUUCUUUUCUACCAGGAUUUAAUGCCAAUAAAAUCAACAAACAAAAGAAGGUACAUAAGAAAAAUUCAGUCCAAUUAAUAAGUGAAAAUUUGAAAAAGAGAGUAGAGUUAAAUGAAUUUGACUCGCAAAAACUUAAAAAACAACGUAAAUUAAAGGAAAAAAAGGAAAUCAAGAAAAGAAAAAAUGACGAAAAAUGGCUAGAAAAACAAGCAAAGUCGGAAAUAUUAAAACAGCAUAAAGAAAAAGGAACUUUAACUCCCAAAGAACAAAAGGUAUUAAAUAAGAAAAUCAUUGCAAAUCGUAAACGUUUAGAAGAAUGGGAUUUGGAUGAAGACAUUCAAGAAGAAUUGAAUGAUGUGCAACAAGAAAUACUACAAGCCACGGAUAUAAAACUCGUAGAAUCAAGGAAAAGAAAACAAAAUAAAAAGAAAACCCAGUUUACUACCAGUACCGAUGGCACACAAAAUACAGGUACUCAUGGGAAGCGUUAUACCGGUCUAACACCAGGUUUAGCUCCAGUUGGGUUAAGCGACGAUGAAUCGAGUGACAAUGGAUUUUAA